AUGGAGCAAGACGAUUUCUGGGUGAAGAAGCAGCAGUUUACCAAAACGGUUUAUCGCGAUGUUUACCCCGCCAUCGACCCCACAUCUGCUUCGAACAGCCAAGCUGGAAAGGUGGUCGUAAUCACGGGAGCAAGCAGAGGCUUGGGACGACUUGCAUUCGUCAAGUCCUUCGCAAAAGCCGGCCCAAAAGCUAUUGUUUUAGUUGCACGCACUCCCGAGCCCCUCGAGGAGGUUCGCAAAGAAAUUCAAGCCAUCAACAAGGACAUCGAAGUCCUUGCUGUUCCAACUGAUUUGCUGAAUGCUGAUUCGAUUGCAAGUCUGUGGGGCAAGGUUAAAGAGAAGUUUGGACACGCCGAUGUCUUGGUCAACAACGCUGGAACUCUCAAUAGCGGACCUAUAGCCGACUCGGAAGUUGAUAAGUGGUGGAGCGACUUCGAAACGAACGUCAAAGGUGUGUUUCUUCUCACACAAGGAUUCCUGCGUCUGCUUGGCAAGGAGAGAAAAGGAUCGAUCGUGACUCUGUCCUCAAGCGUUGCGGUCAUGGCGUUCCCGGGAAUGUCUUCCUACUCGUUGAGCAAACUGUCAGCCGCCCAACUCCAAGCUUUUGUCGCACUCGAGAACCCGAAUGUGACAACUGUUGCCGUUGCGCCUGGUGUCGUUCUGACGGAUAUGACACUCGAUGCCUUCAGGCCCUACGCAAAAGAUACGCCGGAGCUGGUUGGAGGUGUUGCAGUGUGGCUCUCGACUGAAAAGGCUGAGUUUCUGAAUGGGAAAUAUGUAGAAGCCAAUUGGUCGGUGGACGAUCUCGUUUCUCGAAAGGAGGAAAUCGUCACCCAAGGUAAACUGUCUAUCAAGUUGGGGGGUGAUUUUGGUCACGAACAAUUCGAAUAGUGUUCCGCUGAACUUGGAUUCAGACAGCUGUAAUAAAGAUGCGUCCGAACAAUCAUAAUCGAGAUCAGCCUCUGUGAAGUCAAGUGGAAAUUGAGAAGGGCAUCCAAAGGCGCCAUAGUGGAGCAACAUACCCAGCAGUUGCAAGCUGUGGAUAACCAUACGAGGCAGUCGAACGGCGUCCAGGUAUCGUGACCAGAAGCUUAUUCGGCGGUUUGAUUACCUCAAUAACUGUGAGACGUCUUGCUCGGCGAGAAUUUGGCUUGCCUGUUUCGAUAAAGUGCAAACCAUACUUGAGAAUUGUAAAGCUGUCAGCAUGAAUGCUUGGAAGGUAUAUCAGAUUGGAUCAAUGGAUGCCACUGAUUCAGGUAAGUUUAGCUUACCAGGAUACGACCGAGCAUCGUGACCAUUACCGGAGGCUGUUCUGCCAUUGUUCCACGGUCAGCCACAGUCAUUAUUAUUGGGAUCAAGAUGACCAGUCUUACAACCCCUGCUACCACCUGGACGUCCCUGCUUUCCUUUCACACCGGGGUCGGCUGUACAACGGGUGACGUUGGGAUAGGUCCCUCCUCGGUCUCAUCCGACCCAAUAAAUUUCUAAUGGUGCAAUACUGUCCAGGACACCCUAGUUAUAGCACAGCCGGAUUUACCAUGAGAUGCAGGCCAAGCAGUCGCUUGCUUGCCGCGAGUUGCUGGUAGGUGAGAUCUUAACUGUUUUAGACACUUUUGCAGCCCUACAAGCAUGCAUGUGUCGGUGGCUUACAUGUCCCUUUCGGCUUCUGUUGAGAUAAAUGUCCCCCAACGCCAAGUUCCCAAAUAGGCUCUUCAUCAACUUCGGGCUGUGUUCGACACAGUCAUAUUCUGAGCUUGACCUCGCGGUAAAAGUAUGAUGCUCGUACUUCGUUUAUCAUGGUUCCUCGUUGUGGAGCCUCCCGCAGAGUUUUAUCAUGACUGCAGCUGGAACGUCGUGGCUCUCCGACCUCGUGCGGUACAAGGCAAGUGACGUGAACUCUGUAAUUCUCCGGUCUGUCUGGUACCCGGCGAUGCAAUGGGUUCCCACUGACUUGGCCAAGGUAUAAGCUUAUAGGUCCUUUGUACAGGUUCCCCUGGCCCCAUUUGACAAUGAUGAAUUCCAUGUGUGACUUGACAGAAUCCCGCUCUAAGAUGAGAUUCCUAAGCAAAGUAAUCAGCAUCGUGCUGCUCAAGAUUCAAGACAUACAGCAGCUUAUCUUUGUAUAGUUAUCAUAACAUUAACUGGAAUAUCUAGGGUACGGUACAAAGGCAUUGCUUCAGCAAUCACUAUUGUGCCCUGUUCGUUCCGUCCCCGAAGGGAUGACCAAACAGGCAAGUACAUCCAAGUUCCACCUGACUGUGACAAUAAGUUAAGACAUAACCAACCUACGCGGUAUCGGCUUGGCAAUUGCGCUUUGUGACUUCUUGUUUCAUCAAGAUCAUGCUAUUGUGGAGAGUCUGUUGCGUUGACAUUCUGUGUUAGUGCCACAGCACGUCUGAGUAAGGAGGCCAGUCGACAAAACUCCGCAACUCCACCAAGUGCGCCUUCGCUUGGCUCGUUUGGCCACCGUACAGAGACUAUUUCUUACCUCAACAACUUCACAGUAGUUUCUCCGCUCCUCUAAUCCGCUCACU